AGUAUAUUCUCGACAGGCUUAGUAGUCUCUCCGUAGCUCGCAGGAGUAAGCCAGAAGAUUUUAAGGACUCGCCACAAGCGAAUACUAUUGCUCUGCUUCUCCUACUUACUUUUGCAUCAGGAGUAGAAAUUUGAUUUUCAUUUAUUCCAAGCGACGACACGAACUAUCAAUAUCGUGCCGACGUCACCUCUGACUACACCAUCUCCUUGCUAUCAUCUAGUAAACCUAAAUCGCUGCGAAAAGAAAAAAUGCCGUCCCAACCCCCCUCGAUGAUGCCGGGCGAGGUCGAAGACAUCCCGAAACUGGAAAAGGACCACCCGUAUCAAAUGUAAAAAUGUCUGGGUCUGGAAACUUGUGAUGCAAGAAAGGGAAUAGUGAACUCACUAUGAUGCGCUGCCAAGCAUGACAAGUUUUUUUCAUGGUUCUGAGUUGCGUAUUCCGCAUGACAAACUGCGUUUUUUGCAUGACAGGGAGGAGGAGUUCUUCGCGGCCAUGCAACGCAGAAUUCAGAAUCAUGCCAGACUAGUAUGACAAAUCUUCUCGCAAUCUCCCAGACCCAGACAUUUUUACAUUUGAUAACCCGUCGGUCCAGAAAUUGCUGGAAUUCGACGCCAACUACAUGAAACUGGAGAAGGAGUUUAUGAAGGAAAGUUACAAGUUGACCCAGAAGUACCAAAAGAUGCAAGACGAGUUUUUGCAGAAACGAUCCGAGGUGGUCGCGGAGAAGGAGGAGGUCCCGAAUUUUUGGAUUCACGUGCUGAAAUCCCACCCCGUGCUGGCCGACGAGAUUAUGCCCCACGAUUUGCCGGUGUUGAAGCAUUUGAAGAACGUCCGAAGCGAAAACUUGCCGGACCCAGAGGAAAUGGGACAGAAUGGUAUAGAAGUUUUUUUGUAAAAAUGCUUGCAAGAACUUUUGUACUAGGGCGCUGGUCUUGCAUUUCUUCAUCCAUGUCAGCUGCAAAUUAGGCGGGGUGCGUACUACGUCAAUAAGUGGCACAGCAAUCACACAGUACAGACAGUCCCCGAGGAAAUGAAGUAUGAUGAUCAACAUGAAGAUGAAGUUGUCUGUUGUGAUUGUGUACCUCUUGUUGUCAGUAACGAACAAGACAUUUACUCUUACACACUUCCCGAAUAGGUUUCCAGAUCACCUUCGAGUUCGAAGAGAACGAUUUCAUGGAGCAGACCGAGUUGACAAAAAUCGUCGAAACCGAAUUUGUGUCCGAGCACUUGACCGAAAUCACCUGCAAAGAGGUGAAGAUGGUGGAGGACAUUAAGUGGAAGGUCGGAAAGGACGUUACGAUCGAAAUGAAAAAGCAGAGAGCGAACAAGAAAAACGCCUCAAAAAAGCCGGUAUUGAAGAAGGAACCGCGAAAAUCCUUUUUCCGAACCUUCUUCCGAACCAUUGACGUUGAGAAUCCGGAGGAAAUUCAAGAUUUGCUCAACAACGCGAUGCAGGAAAUGGGGUAUUCAUUUUUUCAGCUGCUUCGCGUGCAGCUUGCUUGUUAAGUGUGUUUUUUUUUUGUUUGCCAACACCGCCCAGACAGCGCAGUGAUGUGGCCCGGCGAUGCAAGUAAUUCGAAGAAAGUACUAUGCGUUUGCCAUUUGCAUUUUGAUGUACUAACUUAGUUGCCGUUGUGCAUUUUUCUUUUUCAUGUUUUAGUGUGUUUCAGUACAUGAAUUUUUUUUCCAAACAAAAUGACUUGAAUAACGAUGGUAUGGACGUCAAUUGGUUUGCCUUUUGCAGCAUUCACGCAUAGAUGCAAAAAAGUAAAUGAAAAGGGUGGGUUUUAUGCACUUUUCUGCGAAUUCUCGGUCGCGAUAUUUGUUAUGAUGCAAAGAAAAUAAAUUUAAGUGUCUCCUUUAUCUAAUCUCUGAGUGGAUCUUGCAUCACUCAAAAACAACGAGCAGAACACCAUGCAGAGUAACAUUAGUCUGCACGUUGUCGUGUGCGAUGAGCACGACAGUUGAUCAUAACCUGCAGCAUCACGGUAUUCCAGAUGUUGAGAGGAAUGACGCAAGGCGAAUCGGAAUUCCAAAUCACACAAAUUAAACAGCAUGGACCACGAGGAGGAGUUGGAUGAAGAGGAUCAGCAGGAGAUGUUCGAAGAAGCGCUGGAGAAAGUUCAAGACGACGCCUACGAAAUUGCCUGCACUCUGCACAACAACAUCAUUCCGCACGCGGUGAAAUUUUACACCGGCGACGCAAUGCCGCAGGACGAUGACGAGGGCGAAGAGGACGACGAGGAUGAGGUAGUUUUUGUCUUGUGCUGAUGUAACGCUCUUUUUUCUACGUUCAUUCUAUUUUUUGCGGGAGAUCAUGAUGAAACUGGUUUGCUGGAGCUAGUGGUGGCUUUCCCGAUCAUGCCGAACUAAGACCAUCCCUGCGAAUAACACAUGCUUCUUUACAUCAAUGAAAAAAAUUCAAACUUUCGAUAGGAUGACGAGGACGAGGAUGACGACGAAGAAUCGAUCGAGGGCUCGUCCGACGGGGAGGAUGGUGAGAAGAAGGAGAAGAUGCCGCCAAAGGAACUCUUCAAACCGUCUGAGGGGAACACGCUCGGUGAGGGCGGCGGCGACAAGAAAGUCAACUCGGAGGAGUGCAAGCAGCAGUGAGGAAUCAAUUUUGAUUCGAGGUUUGAUUUACCACCACGGGGCGGAGAUGUUGUAAUCUUGCUUGCUACAACGCCGGAAUAAAAAUGAAUCUCAUCAAUAGCUAACGAUGAAACGAUAAAGAGCCCAGGAACAAGGUCCUACGUCUGGCGAAUUGUAUUUGUUGAAGGUGAACGCAAGAAAUUCACAGGGAAUAGUACUAACUUGCAACUGCGACUUGGAUGUUGAAUGUUUCUUUCACGACGAAGUAUCGCGCUUAUCAACCCUUCUUUACGCAACAAAAGGGCGACAUGGUAGUACGAACGACAGAAGAUAGCAGCAGUGCCUGUUUUUCAGCAAAUCUAACGAACAGCUUCAGCUACUUGCACAAAUUCACCAGCAAGAGGAGUGACUAAGACGCUAAGAAAGUGACGAACGAAAGCGAACCAUGCAUCAGUACGAU